AUGGACGACGAAUUUGAUGCGGGGAAUAUGUUCCAGGACCCGGAAGGGUACUAUCCUGAAGAUGAGCCGCCCACAUUUGCCGAGCACACUAUGCUAUCAGGCCAGAAAGUGCGCGUCCGUCUUGUGGGCAGCCACCCCCUCUAUGGAAAUUUGCUAUGGAACGCCGGCCGAACCAGCUCUCAUUACAUUGAGGAGCACACCGAGGAUCUCAUCCGAAACAAGGAUGUCCUCGAGAUUGGUGCCGCAGCAGGCGUUCCUAGCAUCGUGAGCGCCAUUCAGGGCGCCCGGACAGUGGUAUUGACCGAUUAUCCGGAUCCAGAUCUAGUUGGAAACAUGAAGUACAAUGCAGAAUUGUCGGCCAGUGCCAUUCCCGCGAGGGGAAGACGGAAAGCCCCGCCUCCACGUCGAUGGAUACAAAUGGGGCAGCGAUCAGACUAUGAAGAAGGACCCGAACUCUGUUGCUCUGGUUAUCUUCACUCCUACCAGCCUUGGCUGUUACCCAAGACUGAGCAAUUCUUCCCGUUGGCCGAGGCGAGUGGUUUCAAUGUCACCAAGAUUUUUGAGAAGGUGGUGGAUGCGGUGCUGUUCGAGAAUGACCCUGGCGACGAAAGACUUCGAAGAACCGUGUUCGGAUAUGAAAUCCGAUGGGCGCAGGAUCAAUUGGAGGAUUCAUCCAAAACUGUUUGA